AUGGGAACGAAGCGCCGAGCCACUUCCGACGAUGGCGGGAGGUGGUCUGCCCAGCUCCUGGCUUCGUUUGAUGCGCUGACGACGAAUGGGCACACGCCGCUUCUCUCAGAGGUUCGAGACGUGCUGAUGGACAAACUGCUGGGAGACGAUUGCACGGCUGGGCCAAACCAUGUGGUCGUCCUAGUUCUGCAAGACGCUCCGGUGGAUGCUUUGGCCGUUGCCGUCGACGGACUGCCGUCGGAUACGAAAACCGACCUACUGCCUGCUGUACGACUGGCGGAAGGCGAUGCUAUUCCCAAGUGCGAGGCCACGUUGCUGUAUGCUCCUGUGUCGAAGGCUGAAAAAGACGCCGCGAAAAAACAAUUGAAGAAGGCCGUGAAAAACAAGAUCAAAAAGUUCAAAAAGGCACAUCACGAUGUCAAGGGCCCGGAGUUUUACCUUGCUGAGGAUGCCGACCUGGUCAAGAUCGUGCCGAUACCGUCGAACGAACUUGCAACGACGUUUGUCGAGACAAGGCCUUUGGCGGAAGGCCAGCAACUCGUCCACGCGCUCUUAGCCAUCGACUGCGAAAUGUGCAAAACUACCAAAGGCGUCGAGCUCGCGCGGGUGUCCAUCGUGGACGAUCAGCAUAAGGUCGUACUGGAUGAGUUCGUGCUACCGUCCAAUCCAGUCGUGGACUACUGUACACAAUUCUCUGGCAUCACGCGCGAGAUCUUGGAGGGAUGCACCAACACCCUGGCCUCGAUCCAAGCACGACUGGUGGACCUGAUAUCGGCCGAGACGAUUCUUGUUGGCCAUUCGUUGGAAAACGACCUUCAGGCGCUUCGAUUGAUCCACCGCCGCGUCAUCGAUACCGUGCUGCUUUAUCCGCAUCCCAAGGGGCCACCUUUUCGCUCGGCGUUGCGAUACCUAGCGAGCACCUACCUGAAAAUCCAAAUCCAAACCGGGGACGAUGGCCAUUGCAGCGUCGAAGAUGCCGCAUGCGCCAUGAAGCUACUCCAGCUCAAGAUUCAAUACGGGCCGCUGUUUCCGUCCAUUAUAGCCCAAGACAGCCAUCCCCGCAAACUCAUCACAGAAUUGUGUCAUCGAAAGAAGUCUGCGCUCAUUGUGGACACCGCCGCCGCAUGUCGGUCCCUCGCCGGCAGCGCGGCCGCUGCCAUCCCCUGCACCUCGCCAGACCUAGUGUUCCACCACAUCCGCCACCAAUUGACCACUGGAUUCCCGCCGACCUUUACGUGGGGCCAAGCAUCGUGUCCUGACCAAGUCGCCGAACUCGUUCGAGACGUUGCGACGGACCUCCCGUCGAAGUCGUUGCUGCUCGUUGUGUGUUGUCCCAGUGUCCAAGACCUCAAAGCGAUGCACAAGCUUCGAACAACUCGCGGUGACCCUCGAUGUACGCUGCAGUGGGACAAAACCCAGCAAGACAAGUUGAACGAGGUGGCGGCGACAGCCCAGCGCGGUCGCGUCGUCCUCGUCGCGAAAGACGAAGCCGAUGAAUAAAUACAAUGGAAUGACCCAACAUGUUUCGGCUCC